UUGCAGAUCGUGGCCAUCAUCCUCUGCGACACGGGAAUAGCGUUACUGGCCUACAUGGAUGGAAUCACGGAAAGCCGAACCCUGAGCGGCGUGGUUCUGGCCACUUUGGCCGGAGCCGGCUAUGCCGUGUUUAGGGUUAUGUUCCGCAAGGUGAUGGGCGAUCCGCCGGUGAGCCAAAUCGCCUUCAUAUUCACCGCCCUCGGCUUCCUCAACGCCCUGCUGCUGUGGCCCGUGGUGCUGGGACUCUACCUGACUGGCACGGAAAGCCUCACAUCGGAGAGCAUACCCUGGAACCUGCUGUUCGCGGCGAGCCUCCUGCUCCUCGUUUUCCACGUUCUGAUGCAGUUCAGUGCCGCCGUUACGUACAACAUGUUUGUGACAUUGGGUCUGAUUACCGCUGUGCCCGUUUCUGGUGGUUCCGAUGUCAUACUCUACAGUGCGAACUUUGCGGGCAUGAAGCUGGCCGGAGUCAUUCUGAUUGGCAUCGGAUUUUUCCUCGUUAUGUUCCCCGACUGGCCAGACUAUAUAACGCGAUUGUUGCGAAAGAGCGUUCGUGCCAUACUCCGCUACCAAUGUUGUUGUGAAUUAGCUGAAAUUCGCUAUGCUCAUUCGAAGCAUCAUAAUGCUGGGUCACAAUGCGAGAUGGGGUCGCGGCCCUCGGAGCGGUACUUUAACAGGUCAGCAUCCCACCAUUAUCGACUAUCGGACGGGAUACAUAAGGUCCCAUCUUCGUUCACCCUCUGGCCGUGUGAGAUGACUGAUCUGUCGCCGACCACCACUGGGUUUCUACAUGGCCACGGCGGCGCCAACGCACAGCAUCACCAGCAACUUUUGCACCACCAACAGCAGCAUCCGCAGACCCACCAGCAGCACCUCCAGCAGCAAUACCACCACCGGCAGCACUCGCUCCACCAGCAGCACCUGCAGCGCCAGCACUCGCACACCUCGCUGACCAAGAUCCACCGCCAGAGCAGCAGCCACAGUGUCCACGGUGGUGCAGCCGGGCGACCGGAGCACCAUCGGUCCCACACCGGAGCCACCGGGCGUCUCUUCUCCUACUUCGGCAACGAGCAGGAGCACGAGCGCAAGAAGUCGGAGACGUCCUUCUUCAAUCUCGGCUUCCGCAGGAAGUCCACCGUGGUAUAUUAUGCUCCGUCGGAUUAAGGGACUUCUCGCUCCUGGCAUAUCAAAAGCAUACAAUCAGAUUAAUUAGAUCGGUUAUAGUUUAUGUGUCAGUAUGUCAUAAUUAUUGUCGUUGUUGUUGAUGUAAAAGUUCAAUCGGAUCGCAUGCAGUUACAAUUUUGCUCAAAUAUAACACAUUUAAAGGCUACAGUUACAGAUACAGCACGGAGAUUAGAAUCUCCUACAGUCAACGGAAUCCAUGACCAUGAUAACCCUGCCUCGCCUUGAAUCUCAGUCUCAAGAUACAGAUACAGAAACAGAAACCCAGAAGGAGCCCGCGAAUCGAGCUCAAAAGUGCCCCGAAAGUUAACUAUAUACGGUUAUAAUUUAAUACUCAUAAUUAUUACGAAAUUGUGUAAGGAAUCGAAGCCAAUUGUUUUAGCAAUUAUAUACAUUAACUAUAAAGGCAAUGAAUAGUCAAAUAUUUUAAAGUGGAUUCACUCAAAGGCACACCUUAAGAAGGAAACGAUAACGAAAAAACGAACAAGAAAAUCCAAGUUAUUUAAGGAAAAUAGUUGAUAGACGUCACCGAGAAAAAUUCAAAGUUCACCCGGCUAAGAAACCCAUUAAACUGUAAGCUCAUCAAGCGACUAGAUCCAAAUGGUUUUUCAUUUAAACUUAACGUUAACCGUGGAUUGGACUUUUGUUAAAGUUUUUUAUUUGAACGCGAACUGAAUGUGAACCGAGUCAAAAACGAAUCGAAGUAUUAGUAUUUUUUAAAUGUUUAUGUGUUGUUCGUAACUUGUAAUUCGAAGUGUUGUAGAGUCGAAAUGAAUCAACGAGGAUACUGUUGUAUUAACGCGACCGCCUCUCCUUUGAGCCCAUCUGGGAAUCCCCAAAAUGGUACAUUCGGUUUGGUGUUGUCGCCUGUUAUAUGAACUAAGUUGUGUAGUUACAUCCAAUAAUUGAUUUGUGAUAGUUUUUAAAAAUGUUUGAUAACCAACUGCGUACACUACCUACUUUUACCUACCCGCCCCCAAAAGAGAGGCAAUGGUAUAGCUGGGAUGUAUUUAGAACACACGAAAACCGAACACGAAAUAAAUAGUUAAUUAAAAA